UUAGUUAUAAGAUUAACUAUAUUUAUGAUAUUUAGAACUUGUUAACUGCCUGGAGAAUUAUUGUCUUUUACGUUAAGGAGCAAUUUUGGUAAUUAGUAGAUUUGGUGUUUAGAUAUAUAGUUUUUCUCAAAUAAACAAAUAGUAUUAGAAAUUCUUCAACCGAGAGAAAUAAAAUUCUGAUUACCUGAUUUCCUAAACUAAAAUAUCUAUUGAAAUCAUACCAAAUAAUUUCUAUCGAAGAUUUUUCUUUGUGAAAAUACCUGAGCAGCCUACUCCUAGCUGAAUGUAUCUAUUCUAAAUAUUUAAUACAGAGAAAGAUUGCUCAGAAGACUCAGUUGAGGAUUGCGAUCCAAACUCAGACGAUGAUGAACAAACAUAUGUGCAUCAGUUAGCAAAGAUCACUGAUGUCGGCAACUCAGCAGACCUAGGCCCAAUGUCUCCUGAAGUUAAAUAAGGCUUUUGAGCUGAAACAGAAACGAAUCUCUGAGAAAGCGAAACAACAUGCUGAGAAAUACAAGAAUGCUAUGGACUCAGAGUCCAGUUAUGCCUCCUCAGAUAAUGAAGAGGUUAAGAAAGAACCUGAAGUAGCCCCAACUGAGAAGGUUGUGAAAAAGUCUCCCAAGAAGAUCACUAUCAAAAGCUUUGCUCUUCUUGGGGUCCUUGGAGAAGGCUCUUUUGGAACAGUUCAUCAUGUGAUUAAUAAAGAUGAUGGAAAAGAGUAUGCCUUGAAAAUAAUCCCCAAAAGGAAUAUUGAGAAGAAACAGCAGAAUGAGAUCCAGAGGGAAAGAAGUCUCCUCAUGGCUAUCGACCAUCCCAACAUAGUUAAGUUGCAUUAUUGUUUCCAUGACAGGACUAACCUGUAUUUCGCAAUGGAUUGAUGCUCCAAUGGAGAAUUGUACACCUAUAUGAGGAAUGAAGGUGUGAUUGACUUGAAAGUAGCCAAAUUCUUAGCAGCAGAAAUCGUCAAUAUGAUCACUUACAUGAUGGACAGAAACAUCUGUCAUAGAGAUAUCAAGCCUAGUAAUCUUAUAUUUGAUGAAGAAAUGCACCUGAAGCUGAUAGAUUUCGGAUGAGGAAAGUACUACGCAGAUAAUAAUAUACAAGAAGAUCAUAAACCAACACAAUCAGGUUCUCAAAGCGGAUUGAAAGAGAGAACUUGCACCUUCCUUGGUACAUGUGAAUACAUGUCUCCAGAAGUAGUCGUUGGCACUCAAGCUAAUAGCGCUAUAGAUCUCUGGAGUCUAGGAGUGAUCAUCUACAUGUUCUUCACUGAGUGCUCUCCAUUCAGAGGAGAGUACGACCAAGAAACAUUAGAUAAAAUCGUGGAAGAUUGACCUUCAUUCCCUGAGGAAUUCCCAGAAGAUGCGAAAGAUUUAUGCAUAAAACUCCUAGAGAAGGAUCCAGAGAAAAGGCUCGGAGCUGGUUAUCCAGGAAGUGAGUAUGACAUGACUGCACUAAAGUCACACAAGUUCUUCGAUGGUAUAGAUUUUGACAAUCUCUUCACUUCCACUUCUCCAAUUCCAAAGAUAGACAAAAUGAUGAAUUCAAUAAAGAGUAAUAUAAUUUCCAAGUAUCGUGUUAAGAAUGCAGAAGAAGAGCUUAAAAGUCCUGAAAUAGAAGAGCCUAAGUGCCUUGAAGUAGUAGAAAUGCCGAAGCAGAUAGCUAAGGCUCAAACCUCAGAAGCACAUGAUUCCAACAAAAUAGAGUCAUCAUGUAUCAAGCAGAAGCUGAAAAUUGAGGAUUGGAAGGUAGAAAAAUAACAUCACAAUCAUUCACACAGAGCUGAUAAAAUUGAGAUCUAAACUACUAUUCUUUUAUAAAUCUGUGAUUUCCAUUGUUACGGAUGAGCCUGCUCUCUACAUUUACAAGCUACGUUCAGGCAACCUCAUUGAAAGGUAUCCCUUGGAUACCUGCAAGGUCAAUAUUAAGGGAAAGAAUAAGAUAAAGAUAACCUCAAAGACUAAAGAGAAGUUCAAGAAGAUUUCAAAUGCUUUUAAAGUCAAGAACCACAAGAAACACCACAGAGAUUCUUCCAACUCCAAGAGUUUGGUUGAGGUUCUCAAGGAAAUUAGGAGUUAA